AUGGCUUUUGUGCAAUACAUUCUGCUCAGAGAUGACUUGAAUUUCUCAAGAGGCGCAUUGGUUGCCCAGGCCUGCCAUUCAAGUGUCUGCUCUAUCGAAAAGUAUAGAGGCCACCCGGACACAAUAGAGUAUCUGAGAGACCUAAAAUCCAUGGCAAAGAUAGUUCUCAAGAUCGGGGAAAAAGAUGUAAAAGAGACUGAAAGCUACCUUGUUGCGAAAGGCAUAGACCACACUGUCUGGAUCGAGAGUCCGGAAAACAUACCCACAUGCAUAUCCCUCAGGCCAUACAGCAGGGACCAGAUACCGGAGGUGGUUGAGUACUUUAGGAGGUUCAGGCUGUUCGCUUGA